AUGAAAGAUAGAAUAGUUGGAGAUUUUUCAUUAAAAUUUACAGUACCUAAUCCCAAAGAUGAGAUAAUACAAAUCAAUCAAGAAUGUAAUUUUAUUACUGGUCAAAAUGGAUAUAUAACACCAUAUAAAUUACAUCUUGGAUUAUACUCAUUGAAAGAACUUGACAAAAAGUAUUAUAUUUAUCCUGAACAUGGUUUAUAUAAUACAUUUACAACAGUAAUGCUUGAAAAAGGAUUAUUAAAAAUAUCAUCCCCCGUUAAUAUAUUUCUUGAUUCGUAUUUAUCUGAUUGUUCAGGUUUUGAAUAUAACGAUAUUGAAUCACUUAAAG